CCUUUAUUAAUUCAUUAGUCAUUUCAAAGGGGGUAGAAAUGCAUUAAUUUGGGAUGGAUAAUUAACUUUCCUUUGGUACGGUGUUCCGUCUUUUACUUUUGUGACGACCACGCACUCCAAUCAGAAAAUGACAAGAUAUAUUUGUAGAAAAGUCAAGUCAAAGAAACGGACUGCUCUUAAGAUUCAGAUAUCUGUUCAUCUCUCUCCGAUAUUUUCUGUUUGACAAUGAUCUGAUCUCUCUAUAAAGUCGCAUUUCUCUCAUGUAAUCUAGUUUCUUCCAUCAUGUACUUCUUCCAAUCCGGCUCGCUGAUUGGCAAUUAGGAUACCUAACAAACGAAUGCGGUAUAAUAUUUUACAUAUAAUAUGUUUAGUAGUGUUUUGAAUCUUUCAAAACUUAUUUUAUUGUAGUUUGGAGGAAUCAAAUUAGAACCCCUGCUUUGUCAAGUGCAACAAAAACUUGCUAGGGACUAUCAACCUAUACAUGUUUCGAGUUAAAUUUAAACCUCAUACCUCAAAAUUUGUAGCACCACGUUUUCUAUGGUUCUGUUCCUUUUUGUACCAAAAAUAAAAUUCAAUGCGUCCCAUGUAAGUCCAACAAAUACAACUCCAACACUGCUUUAUCAAUUGCAACACAAACUUGCUAGGGACAAUUGACCUAUACAUGUUUCGAGUGAAACUUUAAACCCCCAUACCUCAAAAUUUGUGGCACCAUAUUUUCUAUGAUUGUGUUCCUUAUGUACCAAAUAAAAUUCAACGCAUCUCAUGUAUGUCCAACAAAUACAACUCCAACAUUGUGUUCCUUAUGCUCCUUGAUUGUUUGAUGAAGAUACAACCACUACUAGAAAACAAGCCUUAGGUCCACCCCAAAAGUACCGCAUAGGUACCGGUUCAUCUCCAUACCGGUAUUUUUGGGGUGGAUGGAAUUUAUGAAUGAGCCUUAGGUACCGAUUGGUAUUAUCAACCGGUACCUAAGGCUCUCCAUAGGUACCGGGUGGUAACUUUUAUAUUAGUACCGGGUGGUACCACCAACCGGUACCUAUAGACGAGCCUUAGGUACCUGUUGGUGUUACCAACCGGUACCUUAGGAGCCUUAGGUACCGGGUGGUACCACCAACCGGUACCUUAGGCUCAUCCAUUGGUUACUUAAAAGGAAAAUAUCUCCUAUUCGAUCAGAACAACUGUGUAGCUGAGAUGGUAAAGGAGCAACGUGUGAGGCUAGAGGUCGCGAGUUCAAGUCCCAACCAAAGAGAAUAUUUUGUGUGAAUUUUGAAGGCUUAGGCACCGGUUGUUUUACAGCCUUUGGUACCACUUCGGGGGUACCGGUACCAAAGGCUCUUUGCAACCGGUGCCUUAAGCCGAUUUUCUAGUAGUGAACUGUCUCCUAACCUUCUUCCACUCUGAGGCAGUGGUGCCUAUCUCUCUAUGUUCUACUUCACCCUGCUUGUGUGACUCUACCUAGAUCAAAUCAUGGGCCGUUGGAUCGGAUGGACCCAACCCUAUCUGACCCAAACUGAUCAAUGUGUUCGACGGCCUUAGGUAAAAUUUUGCAGCCCGCCAAUAAAAUCAGACCGAGCAUGGGUAGAUUUUUUUUGACGCGAGAUCCCAAAGAACAGACCCACCUUAAAAAUGUAUGCAAAAUAUCAGGGGUUUUGUAGGUCGAAAAACAUCGAGUUUUACCCGACCCAAGCAGACCACAUGUCAAGUCGAGCUAAAGCCAAAAAAAUCUAAUCCAGUAGUCACAUCUGAUCAGACUAGGAUUGAAUAAAACAAAAGAGUAAAUUGAACUAUCGGCCCUUAAACUUGUUCUGAGUUCUCAUCCCGGUUCCGGUACUUGUAAAAUGCUCAUACUGGCACUUAAACUUGUCCCAUACUCUCAUCCCGAUUCUUAAACUUGUUCGAGUUCUCAUCCCGGUCCUUAUACUCUCAAAUGAUCUGCAAACUUAUCCCACGCUCUCAGACAAGUCCAUAUACUUCCAAAAUAUUUAGAAAAAACUUUUACGAUUUGUUUCAAACUUUUAGAAUUUGAAGUCAAGUUCUAAUCUCACUCAAAUUGAUAAAAAAAAUUUCAUGAGGCAAUCAUUGGAUACAAUAUUUGAUGAUUCUAGAGUUGUUAUUUUAAUAAUAGUUGAUUUUAUUUUAAAGAUUAAAAUAAUUUUGAAAUCAUUUAUCCUUUGCUCUAAAAAAUCUUGAGAAAAUCACAAAAAUAAUUCAAAUCUAGGUUAUUUAGAGAUUUUGAUAUUUUAUAUUCAAUUUUUGAUAAUUUAUCCAUAAACUUUGGAUCCACUUUGGUGGGAAUCAAACUUGAUUUGAAAUCCAAAUAAAUUUGAAAAUUUUGUAAAAGUUUUUCUAAAUAAAUAAUGUAUUUUAGAUGCAUAUAGACCUGAAUGAGAGUGUAGGAUAAGUUUAAAGACUGAGAUAAGAAUGUGGACGAGUUUAUGAAUUAUUAUAUGCAUUUUGAGAGUAUGAUGAUCGGGAUGAGAACUCAGGAUAAGUUUAAAGACCAGGAUGAGAGCGUGGGAUAAGUUUAAAGACUAUUAUGUGUAUUUUAAAAGUGCUGGGAUCGAGAUGAGAACUCGGGACAAGUUUAAGCCCCACCGUUGAAAUUUACUCAAAACAAAACUAUGGGUCUCUUUUAAUUUUGAUUCGGCUCAAAUCUAUUUGUCCAAAUGAUUAAGAGGUUGUUCGGCUGGUAGAAUAAAUAGUACUCGAUUGGUAGAAUGAAUAGUAUUGUGUGAGAAAAAAAUAAGUCGAAAUAAGCCAAGGCGCACGGUUGAUCAGAUCAGCCGAACAGGCUCUAGGGCACUCUGGCUCUAGUAGCUCCGCCUUCCUCGCAGUGUGCCUUGGAUGACCACCGUUCGGAUCAUCCUUGUAAUUUCGAUCCGGAGACCUCCCAAACUUUGAAACCUAACCCGUCGGAUGGUACGUGACAUCUAACUUCUUGCGAUUUCGGUCAUAUAUUUGAGCAACCGUGUUAGCGGUUAGACCCUUUUAUCUCCUUAAUACUACAAGUCAACUGGAGUUGCAAAAACGAAAAUUAUUAAUUAUAAAUAGUUCACUAACAAGACAACAUUGACUUUCCUGCUCUAGCUGAUUACAAAGUCCAACAAUCCGGAAAGACCAGUAAGACAAGCAAAUGCCAUUUGCUACUUCUCCCUUUGGACCUUCGGCCCCCUCCAUUCCCCAGCCGGCAAGCUCCUCCAUUGAUCGAGUAGUAGCAAGCAAGCUUGAUGCAUCCGGCCUUGCUCCUCCUCAAGCUGGUCGCGUCCUUGCUCCUCCUCCAUCUCCAUGGUCGCGCGAGCGCCGACUGCGAGCCGGCGGCAUGCGGGAACCUCACUCUCAGAUACCCAUUCUGGCUCGGCAGCGGCAACCAAACCUCGUCGCCAUGUGGCCACCAGGCCUUCGAGGUCUGGUGCGGCGACGGCGGGAGGGAGGCCUCACUGAGGGGCUCCUCCAUCCACGUCCUCGCCAUCGACUACGCCAACACCUCCUUCGUGGCCUCCCACAGCCGGGUCGCCGCCGGCGACGACGGCGUGUGCCGCACCGACUUCAACAUGUCGGUCAGCAUCGCGCUGAGCCCGUUCACGAUCAGCACCCGGAACCGUGCGCUCUGCUUCCUCUCCAAGUGCAACGGCCCGGCCCCGAGCGGGCCCAGGUUCGUGAACGCCACCUCGAACUGCAGCGCCCCCAUCUACGCGUACCUCGGCGGGGCCUACUACUGGGACAGGCCGCCGGCGAUCGCGACGGGCCGGUGCGUGUACACGUACAUCCCGGUGCUGGUGGGGCGGGAGGCGGCGGCCAUGACGACGGCGGCUAACUACAGCUGGCUGCUCAAGAACGGGUUCGUCCUGGAGUGGGAGGCGGCUGGCGGCGUCGGCGACUGCGCCGCCUGCAGCGCCGGCGGCGGGCAGUGCCGGUACGACGACGCGUUCCGGUGCCUCUGCCCCGACGGCACGCGCGCGGCGGGGCCGACAUGCGCCGGACCAAGCAGCAAGAAGAAAAUAGCUGGAAUUGCAGCAGGUGGAAUAGGAGCUGGUGGUAUAUUAUUAUUGGUAGCAUGCCUCGGUUUUGUCUGGCACAAGCGCAAGAGGAGGAAACAAGCUAGAGCUCCCAAUGGCUUCACGCGUAGUGAAUCUUCGAUGCAAUCGUACAGCAAAGACCUUGAGUUGGGUGGCUCACCCCAUAUUUUCACUUAUGAGGAACUUGAAGAAGCUACUGAUGGAUUUAGUGACUCGAAGGAACUUGGUGAUGGUGGUUUUGGAACUGUUUACAAAGGAAAACUCCGGGAUGGAAGAGUAGUCGCAGUUAAGCGCCUUUACAAGAACAACUACAAACGGGUAGAGCAAUUCAUAAAUGAGGUAGACAUCUUGUCCCGCCUCCUCCACCAGAACCUAGUCAUCCUAUAUGGCUGCACAUCCCGUAGCAGCCGUGACCUAAUGCUCGUGUAUGAGUACAUCCCUAAUGGGACAGUUGCAGACCAUCUUCAUGGACCCCGUGCAUCAGAACGGGGCCUCACAUGGCCCGUAAGGAUGAACAUUGCCAUAGAAACAGCUGAAGCACUUGCGUACCUCCAUGCAGUUGAAAUCAUACACCGUGAUGUUAAGACCAACAACAUAUUGCUGGACAACAGCUUCCAUGUCAAAGUUGCCGACUUUGGGUUGUCACGUUUGUACCCUCUUGAAGUCACCCAUGUCUCUACUGUGCCACAGGGCACGCCAGGCUAUGUCGACCCGGUGUACCACCAGUGCUACAAGCUAACUGAUAAAAGUGAUGUGUACAGCUUCGGUGUUGUGUUGGUAGAGCUCAUAUCCUCUAAACCAGCUGUUGACAUGAGCAGGAGCCACAGCGAGAUUAAUUUGGCGAAUAUGGCUCUCAACAGAAUUCAGAACCAUGAAGUUGAGCAACUGGUUGACCCCGAGCUUGGUUAUGAGAUUGAUAGCGAAACAAAGAGAAUGAUAGAUCUUGUUGCCGAGCUGGCUUUUCAGUGCUUGCAGCUAGAAAGGGAUUUGAGGCCGUCGAUCAAGGAGGUAGUGGAGGCCCUGAAUUGUAUCAAGAAUGGGGAUUCCCCAGAGAAAAGGGUGGAUAUAAAAUCGUCUCCUAAGGAAGAUGCACACUUGCUGAAGAAUAGCAUACAGUAUUCGCCCGACUCGGUAAUCCACAGAUUCCAUAGUCAAUCAACUACCCACUCUGUAGCAUCAAAUGCUAGCGGAUGAGAUGAGAUUCCUUGAAUGUACUGAACCUGAAGAAAUAAAACCCUUUUGGAUGAGUUGUACAUAGUAUAGAGAUUGGCUAAUGAGCUGGUUCAUCUGGGUAAAUUUCCCCCUUUCUUUUGUUGACUGAUAAUGAACUAUAAGCUCAUGUUGUAUUGAAGGCUCAAAAAACUAUGAGCUUGCCACAAAUUGAAACAGUAGGCAGGUCGUUGGAGUAUAAGGGUAAUAUGUAAUAGCUUUCAUGUUUGAUAAUAAUACAAGGGUGAGUAAGAUGAUGAGA